UGGAGCCGGUAAAUUCGAUUCAUCAGAUGAACGGUUCAGUCUAAAGUCGCUGGCUAUCACAGCGUGUGUGUGAUGUAUGAGUGUAUGAGUGUGUGGGUGUGUGAGAGUAAGAGUGUAAGUGAGUGUGUUUGAGAGAGUGUGUAUAUCUGUGUUCGCUCGGAAAGCUCCAGUAAUGCUGUCCGCAGUAUGAGCCGCCAGCAGGCCGUGCAGGGCGUCGUUCUGACCGGCUACACGAGCAGCAGCGCCGCCUUCCCCCAGCCUCCAGCCCCCGCACCGCAGCACGGAGCUCCAGCGGCCAGCCGCAGAACAGGUCACUAUAAUGUCCAGCGAUCUCGGCCGGGAGAGAAGCCCCCAUAUCAGCGCUGCAGCUCGCAGGACUCUCUGGAUGAACUGGCUCUGGAUGAUUACUGGAAGGAGCUGGCGAUAAUCCAGCACACCGGAGACACAGAACCACAGGAGGAGGUCCAGCUCAAAGUAGCUGAUGAGGGCGAGCAAGAAGAAGCAUGGCUGACAGAGGCGGGGCUUGCUACACUGUUUGAUGAGUCAGCAGCGGACGGCGAGGACAGUAUGGUGCUGCUGUCCACUCUAACUCGCACGCAAGCCGCCGCCGUGGAGAAGCGCGUGGAGACGCUCAAACAGACACUGAGAAAACGCAACAAAAGCUACAGCGUCCCCGACGUCAGGGACAUCUUUAAGCCUCCCGCCUCCCAGGAUACAAAGGAUGAUGAGUCGGCAUCCAGUGGAGGAAGUGACAACACAAAAAAGGAAACUGUUUCAUCUGGUGAACACUCAGAGGCAGAGCCUUGUGGGGGCGGGGCUGAAACAGAGACGGACAUUAACCUGGAGGUUUCAUUCUCUGAGCAGGCGCUGCUAAGCUACAAGGAUGGGUCAAAGGUCACUCAGCCUGUUAAUGAGGCUGAUGACAAGCUACCUGACUUUAAGGUGGUGAGGGAUAAGACUGGGAUGACGAAGGUGGGCGAUCUUGCUGCAGCUGAUAUGAAGAAGGUGCGACGGCUGGUUCUGAUAGAAAUGACCGCUCUCUUCGACACGGCCGGCAUCGACCUCAAAACACACAAACCCCUCAAGAUAAAGGUCAAAGAAUCAGGACUGUUUGGUGUUCCCUUGUCCACUGUGCUGGAGCAGGACCAGAAAAGGGUCCCUGGGUCAAGGGUUCCCCUUAUAAUGCAGCGGCUGAUUUCCCACAUAGAAGAGGAAGGGCUGCACACAGAAGGACUUCUACGGGUCCCUGGAGCGUCGACUAGAGUGAAGGCUGUGUGUCAGGAACUGGAACAGAAAUUUUAUGAUGGUUUGUUUUCGUGGGAAACACUUAAGCAGCAUGACGCCGCCAGCCUGCUCAAACUCUUCAUCAGAGAGCUUCCUCAUCCUCUGCUCACUGUGGAGUACUUCAGCGCUUUCGUAUCUGUGCUUAAAUUUCCCACAAAAAAGCAACAGCUGCAGGCUCUCAAUCUUCUAGUGCUGCUCCUACCAGAGUCCAGCAGAGACACACUCAAGGCUCUGCUGGAGUUCCUCCAAAGGGUCAUCGACCACAAGGAGCAGAACAAGAUGACGCUGAAUAACGUUGCUGUAGUGAUGGCUCCUAACAUCUUCAUGUUUAAGGGCUUCCGGAGCAAGUUCAGCGAGCAGCAGGAGUUUGCCAUGGCAACAGGGAUGGCCAACAUCGUCAGGCUGCUUAUACGAUACCAGAACCUGCUCUGGACUAUUCCAAAGUUUGUGAUGAAUCAAGUGAGGAAGCAGAACACAGAGAACCAGAAGAAGAUGAACCGGGACCGCGCUGUUAAAAAACUGCUGAAGAAAAUGGCCUACGACCGUGAUAAAAACAGCGACAAAACAGAGAAGAAUACUGAAACUGAAGGUGGCUUCAUUAGGGUCCAGGCGCCGCAAUUUUCAAAGGUUUCCAUGGCAGUGCAGCUCACUGAGGAACUGCAGGCUUCAGAUAUCCUCGCACGCUUUCUCAGCCAGGACAGCUCCGUGUCAGUAAAGAGAGAAGAUUUGUGUCUGUAUGAAAUCGGUGGAAACAUCAAAGAACGCUGUCUGGAUGAAGAGACGUAUAUGAAAGCCCUGCUGGAGUUGAACCCCAGUGCAGAGUGGGUCAUCAAGUCUGUCCAGCGCUAACUGUCACUGCAAAACCUGCCAAUCAAGCACACUCUCAACCAAUCACACUACAGCUCCCAAAGGAAAGGACCGGCACCAGCUUAAAGGGAAAGUUCCACUUCAUUUUUAAUACCUGAAGGCCUGCGUGGAAUCAAGCUGCCUUUUUCUUAAAUGACAUUUUUACUGCUUGUUUUAAAUAUCUUUUUUAAAGGAGUUCCUUCAAGCUGCUGUGUUCUAGGUGUCUAAAAAUGUGACACCUGUGCUAGAAGGUGAUUUGUAGGAAUAUUUGUUCAAGACAGCAUUAAUUUGCAGCAGUGCAGAAGCUACUGGGAGAUAAAAUCAGAUGUGUAGAGCUGUACAGCAAAUGAACAUCACUGUUCAUUUUUGCUUUUUGCUUUUUUACAUGAUUGUGAGAAGUCAGAUGGAGACUUAACAUUUUCCUGUGCAGAUGGAUAGAUCUGUGUGCACCUAAAGCAAACAUUUCAUAUCAUUAACCAGUCAAAUGUUUGUACACAUUUGAAAUAUUUUUUUUAUAAUUAUAAUAAUUUUUUCACAGAUACUUUUAUCACAUGUUCAUUCUGAAAAAAGGAAACACUUCUGUUGAUAGUCACUGCAGAAACAGACAUAAUAGAACAAACCUAAACUGGCAAUAAAAGUAGCUGACCUAAAAAUAAACUUUCUUGAUUACUGUAUGUACAGUAUGGCACCAAUAGGUUGGCCAUCCAACACUAUAAAUUUGUUUUUGUAUUUCGCAAAUAUAUUUAACAUUUUGGAAAUUGUCUUACAUUUCUGCUUUUAGAAAUGACUGCAUGACUGUUAAUUUGUACUAUUGAACAAGUCUAUAUUACCAUAAACAUUUUACAAAACAUUUUAUAAAACAUUUACAUUAUAUGAAAAUAUUAGGCUCUGUUUCAGUCAUGGUUUUUAAUGGUUGAUUCUGUGAUAUUGCUAAAAGAACCACUUGUCACAGAUUUUUAUUUUAAAGUCAGAUGGAGUCAAAAACUCACACUCCUGAAAAAAAAUGUGUUGCGAAGGGUCCUUUAAACAUUGCUAUUUAAAAAACUAUUUCAUUUAGAUUUGUCAGAAAAGAAUAUGUUCUUCCCACAUGUAUACCAAUAUAGUACUUGAAGAACCAUGCAUUGAAAUAAAAUUUUUUGGUUCCCCAAAAGCAUGUUGCUUUUUGGUGCCUUGAUUGAUUGUAAAGAGUAAAAAAAAAUCUUUCAAGCCGUCCACUGCCAUCAGCAGCUUUAAUUGCAACAAUGCAGAACAACGUCUUUGUAGUAUAAGUUUUAGUUAAGAGCAUUUGGAACUUUCCAGGGAUUUUCUGAUAUGUUUCUAGGUCUAGUGUCUUUUAAAACAUGGUGGGUGAACAUGAUGUAGUCUGUACUGAAGUCCUGCUGAGUAGUCACCCCUAGUGAAGAUGCCAGUGUAGGUUUGUGAACUACCUUUUUUAAUUCUCUAAAAUGUUGCCCUUGCAAGUUUGACACUGGCCUGUAGUUAAUGAAAGUCCCUGUGUGGAUUUUGAAUUGGCUUCUAAAGCUUAAGUAUUGGUUUCUGCAGUUCUCUACAGGUUAAUAACUAGUAUGUAGCUAAUUGAAGUUUACAAAGUAGCUAAAGCUAACAACCUACCCUGUUUAAUUCACUAACCGGCUUGACUAGCUUUAAAAGCAGUUCCCUAACCAGCAUCUGUGGUUUGUUAAAGACUAGGCCAGUAGCUAAUAAAAAUGCCUUUUUCUUCAGCUUAUAACAUCUUCUUUGAUUUAUAUCUUGCAUUAUAUAGAAUACAUACUGGCAUUUGACUAAUAAACAGGCUUUGACUUGGCUUCUGCAAUUCCUCAAUCAGCUUAGACUUCUGUAACUUAAUAAAUUAGCCUAAAGCUAAAAAAAAAAGGCCAGUGCCGUCUUCAGACCUCUGCAGCUUAUAAAAUGUAGCCUUCUUAGCCUCUACACAGUUUUUGGGUGGUGGACUGUAACCUAAAGAGCCCAGAAAUAUCCAAAAUAAAUAGAGCACACACAUAUUCAGCCCAGCACACACAGAGUUGGGCAGCGGUACUUCGAGGCAAUGUGUCAUUGAGACAUUGGCAUACAACAUACAUCUUGUAUAUCAUACGUCUUAAUAAAAUGAGUUUUGUAGAUUGUUGCAGUUAUUAUUGCUAAUGAUGUAGCCAGCAUUUUAAAUAAAUAGUUCAAUUCAGGUGAUUUUUUUUAUGAUGACUGACUGUUUUACUGUUUUAUACUGUGAAUAUGACAAACGAAAGUGACUGUACUGUGUUCUAACACGUCAUAAAUAACCACUAAACUGUAAAUUGUUAUUUGUAAAUAAAAACAUAAUUACACA